AUGCAAGUUGGAUGGAACCUAGAAGAAUUGGAUCCCCUUUGGCAGUUGAGGAGGCUUUGUAUGAUCAAACUGGAAAGAGCAGUUCCUCCUAGUAAAGAUUCAUUGCUAGCAAACAAAAAACAUCUCAGAGAAUUAUUACUAGGUUGCAGUGAACAUAUACACGAGCCAUAUUCUGAAGAUGUUGUAAUCAAUAUUGAGAAAACCUUUGAUUUGCUAAUCCCUGCGCACAACCUAGAGGAUCUCGGUUUUAUGAAUUUCUUUGGUCGGAGGUUUCCCACCUGGCUAGAUACUGCUACCCAUUUGCCUUCACUGACACACUUAAAGCUCAUAGAUUGUAAAUCAUGUAUGCAUCUUUCACCAAUCGGUCAGCUCCCCAACUUGAGAUAUCUGAGAAUCCAGGGAGCCACUGCAGUCACCAAGAUUGGACCCGAAUUUGUUGGCUCUGUGGUGGGUAAUCUCAGAUCUACGGAGGCAGUAGCUUUCCCCAAGCUUGAAACAUUGGUCAUCUGGGAUAUGCCCUACUGGGAGGAGUGGUCCUUUGUUGCUGAAGAAGAAGAACAAGAAGCAACACCAGCAGGUAAGGAAAGCUUAGAGGAUGAGCCUGCUGCAAAUCAAAAGUGGGGUACCCCACCUCCAAGGAUGCAGCUGCUGCUACGAUUGAAGCAGUUGGUCCUUGCCCGCUGCCCCAAGCUGAGAGCUCUCCCACGGCAGUUUGGACAGGAGGCCACUAGCUUGAAGGAGCUCCAUUUAAGACUAGUGCACAGCCUUAAGGUGGUGGAGGACAUCUGUUUCCUCUCAGAGGUCCUUUUAAUAUCAGAUUGCGAAGGCCUAGAGAGAGUUUCGAAUCUUCCCCAAGCGAGACUGCUGCGUGUACACCUGUGUCCCGACUUGAGGUGUGUUGAGAGAUUGGACAACUUGCACCAGCUGUUUCUGACAGAGGAUAUGGAAGGUGCCUCAUCACAGUGGCUGCCUGGACUCCAAGAGCAUCACCAACAGCUGCACGGAGAGGACCUGGAAGUCUACACCUGGACAAAGUGA